GAGGAUCGUGAAUGAAUGUCUACAUGGUGUGAUUAGUUUGGAGGACCUGAGUCACGCCUCAGAUGGCAUCAUCGACUGGGUGUUGACUGUCACCACUGAAGUUCUCCUCCCUGCCAUCUCCCUGUGCAAAGCUCUGAGAAGCAGAUCCUCCUCUAGCACUAAGCAGGAUCCACAGAGAAGGUCCCCAUCAGAGGGCUCGCUGCUACAGGCCCCAUCAAUAUCAACAUCAACACCUCCACACUCUGGUGCCUCCCCAAUGAGACUGAGAAUCAUCCCCAAAAUGUCCAGCUUCCUCACAGGCCAGGGUGAUGCUACUGGUCGCCUUCUGGGGGGGCGGCCCCUUGGAUCCCUGUUAGGUGGAGAGGUGAGGACGGAUGCUGAGUUAGGACACAUGGCCAGCAGGGUGGUGGCUGUGGUUCUACAAGGGGUCUGGACUAUGACAUCAGUAGACACUAGCGACCCUGAGAUGAGGGCUCUUCUCUCAGGCAUUCUCAAGAACAUCCCCAUGGUGUUGAAUCCUGCUGUAGCUGCAGAUAGAGAAAGAUCUGACAGUCAGAGUCCCUUGGAGAUAGUUGACAUUGGGCAGAGAAUCAACCCAGGGUUUUUCCUCUCAGACGAGCACAUCAGCCGUAUUUGCUCAGACACGGUGACCAGCGCGUACAGCAACACCAGGUUCUCUGUAUUGGAGGACAAGUCUCUAGGCUUCACUGAUGACAGAACACUGUCUCCUCCAUCACCGCUGUGUCAGAAGUCCCAGUGCUGCCUGACCGCUGGGGAAGAGACAGGCAGGUCUCCCUCUCUCUCUGAGCAGCACAGCAUCACCUCCCUCCAGGGAAGACAGUCAUGUUCCUCACACUGCAGACAGACUUCAGGGCAGAGUGCUGCCUCCCUCUCUGGUAGUCAGAGUCCAGACGAGCUCCUCACUCCUGAGGUGAAGCAGAGGAUUAUCAUGGCUGUGGAGGGAGAUCAUCACAGAGGGCGCCUGGCAGCCAGCAACAUUUUGUCUGUUGUUCUGCACGGCCUAAAGGACACCAUCGGUGCUGUUCAGUCCAAAGAGGUCGCCAGGUCAGAGUUGGAAAAGACUAUCAGCCAAAGCCUGGUCAACUCUGUGAAGGUGACCCGGAAGAGUCUGCUGAUGCUGGAUGCUCAGGUUUCUGUGGUGCAGGGAGACAACUCCACCCUGAAGACCUCAGAGCAGAUCCCACAUGGAACCAUGGAGACCCCAGAGCUGAUCCCAGCUGUAACCAUGGAGACCUCAGAGCUGAUCCCAGACAGAACCAUGGAGCCUCCAGGAUGUUCCUCAGACAUAGCUGUGGAUAAGAACCACAUCUCCCUCCAAGGUGAUGAGGACAUCGCUUAUGAGGCCAGCAUAACCGCCACCUCUAUCUUCUCCUCCAUCGUGGAUCUGGUGAAUCCCAUGAAGGACAGAAGGUCCACCUCAUCCAGGGGAGGCUCUCAGUAUCAGUGCCCCAUGCGUGCCUUCCUGGACUCCAAGGACCUAGCAGGGUUCCUUCGCAGCCCUAACCUCCGCCGCUUCUCUGAGCAACUGAUCUUGCACGUGGUGCGACUGAUCCUGGAGUCCAAAAUGGCGAAGACGAUGUCAGUAAGAAAGUGUUUCUCAGACAUGACAGUCACCAACCUGAGUGGAGGCUUUGACCUGUUCACAGAGUUCUGUACUGAGCUCCUCUACAGCUUUGUGGAGGGGGCGGUCAAGAACCUUCUGGAGACUUUCCUGAGUGUUCCACACAGCCCUCCUGUGGAAUCCUUCAUGGAGGAUUACAGCUGCAUGGAAGAGAGGAACUGGGUGGCCUCUCCCACCCUCUCUCGUGCCAGGAGUGCACGCCUGGAGAGUGAUGAUGACUCCACAAUCACACAAGAGUCAGGUGAAGUGGGCGUGGUCAAGCCCAGCUCUAGAAAAACCAUCAAUGGUCUUCUAUCUGACAUGUUCAUUUUCAGAGUUGGAGAACUUCUCCAAGAGGGUUGUGAUGAUGAUGAGGUUGAACAGACUGCUGCCAGAGUUGAAGAACGUCUCCAAGAGGCUUGGGAUGAUGAUGAGGUUGAACGUAUUUCAAACAACGAUUGCAUGAUGCCGGACAUGAUGUCAGAGACUUCAUAA